AUCUCGUUGAUAUUAUAUGAAAGAAGAAACUUAUGCCCAAAGCCCACCACCCUCUCUCUCUCUCUCUCUCUCUCUCUCUACGUCUUUUGUUAGUUUUGUAAUCCAAAGCAAAGCAUCUCUGCUGUCGCACACUGCGUUAUUCUCUUGCUUUCCCUUGAUCCUCAAAAGAUAGUUGGCACCCAGUCAUGUCUUCUGAUACAACAACCCCAAGUUACUGGCUGAACUGGAGGCUCUUGCUUUGUUCCAUAUGGAUCCUAGUUUCGACUGUUUUUGCAUUCAUUCUGAUAUGGAAAAACGAAGGUUUCCCCAAACGCCCUAGCGGAGAAACCCAGCAAGAAGAAGCAGGAACUUUAUAUGAGGAUGAAACUUGGAGGCCAUGUUUGAAAGGGAUCCACCCCGCUUGGCUGCUGGCAUUCAGAGUUGUUGGUUUCUUUGUGCUCUUAGUAUUGCUUAUUUUCACUGCUUUGGCAGAUGGAGGAGGCAUAUUUUACUUCUAUACUCAGUGGACUUUUACGUUAAUCACCAUUUACUUUGGGCUCGGAUCAUUGCUCUCCAUGCAUGGUUGUUACCAACACCAUAAGAAAGCUAGCGGUGACAGGGUUGAUAAUGUAGAGGUAGAUACAGAGCUAGGUACUUGUGAUGCUACUCCGCAUGGAGAAAGUUCUAAAAUGUCCAACCCAUCCAAAAGCUCAGGCCAUCAUGAACAAGGUCAUCUACGCAGACCUGCAGGCAUCUGGGGUUAUGUCUUUCAAAUCAUUUUCCAGAUGAAUGCAGGUGCUGUCAUGCUCACAGAUAGCGUUUUUUGGUUUGUUAUUGUUCCAUUUCUUUUGAUCAGAGAUUACGAGCUAAACUUUUUGGUUAUAAGUAUGCACACAAUCAAUGCUGUUUUCCUGCUUGGUGAUACAGCUCUGAAUUGCUUGCGGUUUCCAUGGUUUCGAAUGGGAUAUUUCUGUCUAUGGACAGUUGUUUAUGUCAUUUUCCAGUGGAUAGUCCACGCUUGUGUUAAACUUUGGUGGCCAUAUCCAUUUCUUGACUUGUCAUCUCCCUAUGCUCCACUGUGGUACUUCUCGGUGGCACUAAUGCAUAUCCCAUGCUAUGGCAUCUUUGCUCUGAUCAUGAAGCUGAAACACUUUGUGCUGUCAACGAAGUUCCCCCAGUCCUAUCAGUGCAUGAGAUGACUUGGAAAAAGAGACUUUAUGAAGCAACAAGCAGCUCUAAAUUCUCUACAAAAUUGUAAAAUUCCUUCAUAGGAGACACAAAAACAUAUCAGAGACAACAUUGAUUAAUUUCUUGAAACUAAUUCUUCAGUAUAGAUAGAUACACAAAUGGUCAAACAAGGUAUUAUUAGUUUGUUCAUGUAUUCAUUCCAAGAGGAGUGGCUUAGAUGUAAGAACAGAUAGAUAUUGAAGGAAAUUCAUUGAGAAAUA